AUGAAGAAGCAAAAUGUUCGCACUCUAUCGUUAAUUGUGUGCACAUUUACAUACUUACUUGUUGGUGCAGCAGUGUUUGAUGCAUUGGAGUCUACAACUGAACGCAAUAGAUUUGAAGUUUUACAAGCAAUAGAGGGCAUGAUUAUAAGAAAAUAUAACAUCACAGAGGAAGACUUUCGAGUUAUGGAGACUGUUGUGCUCAAAUCUGAGCCGCAUAAGGCUGGCCAGCAGUGGAAGUUUACUGGGGCAUUUUACUAUGCUACUACUGUACUUACUACAAUUGGUUAUGGGCACUCUACUCCAUCAACAGUCGGAGGCAAGUUGUUCACAAUGUUCUACGCCAUCGUUGGUAUUCCUCUAGGGCUCAUCAUGUUCCAAAGUAUUGGUGAGCGUGUCAACAGACUUAGUAGUGUUAUAAUAAAAUCAUUGAAGCGCGCAUUGAACUGCAAACAAACACACGCAUCGGAGGUGGACUUAAUCUGUGUGGUGACCACUCUAUCGUCUCUCACCAUCGCGGGUGGUGCCGCUGCGUUCUCAAAGUUUGAGGGAUGGAGUUACUUCGACAGUGUUUACUAUUGUUUCAUAACGCUGACCACUAUUGGCUUUGGUGACAUGGUGGCCCUACAGAAGGACAACGCGCUUAACCGCAAGCCCUCCUACGUGAUGUUUGCUUUAAUAUUCAUCCUAUUCGGACUCGCGAUAGUGGCGGCCUGCUUGAACUUGUUGGUGUUGCGCUUUGUCACAAUGAACACAGAAGACGAAAAGCGGGAUCAACAGCAAGCUGAACAGGCCCAGCAAGUGGCGGUGCGUCUAGAGGGCGACGUGAUUACAGCAGAUGGUGCAGUACUGCGGGGAGUGGCGCGAGGGACUCGUCUCCCGGCCGCCCCACUACGAGAUUGCCCAGGUGAUACCUCUAUGACACCUUUGUACGUGGACGAAGACUACGCACCGAGUGUUUGCAGCUGCGCGUGUAAUUGCUUUUCCACGAACAAAUCAUCAUACAGAGAUCCGCUAUCCCCAGUUCCACCAACUAACAUUAAGCAGAUAAAAUCUAAGAACUAUCGCGAGCUAGGGGGUCUACCGCGAUACAUUGAAAAGUCUUCCUCUAGAAACCGAUCUCAGACAUUGCGACUUAACUCAGCAUCCGGCUAUCUUUACAUGAACGCGAGAAAUGACUUCACACUAGAUCCCGAAGACUUCAGGGAAAUGGUGGCCAAAAGAAGGGAACAAUUGCGCCGCGGCGUAAUGAUGUACGAAAUGCAAUGCAACCACAACGAACAAUACUUAAAUCCCUACAGGAAUAGCCUCAGCACCAGAAUGGAAACCAGCCCUCACAGCUCCUCAUUGUACUCCAUGAACAUAAGGUCGGACAACCGAAGCAACGAUCCCUUGGUGGACGAUUACGAUUCGGAGAAAUCCAGCUACGCGAGGAAGAAGCUCAUGAAGAACAUAGCAAGAAAUACGAGCAACAAACGCGUAGAGAACUACUUCUACGAUGACGCGGUUCUCCAUUUCGACGACGAGUACGCGUUCGACGGUUCCAUUAUCUUCGCGAAAAGAAGAAAAUCGAUAGACCAUAAUUGGGACGAAUUCGCUUGCGAGCUGCCUAAAAAUCCGGCUUACGCGGACCAAGUAUCGAACGAUGGGAGCUAUGGUUACUAUUUGCCUGACGAUGAAGAACAGGAACAGUACUUCGUGAACGACACGCUCACCUUUAACCUACCACCCCACAGAGCUAGUAUUUAG